GUGAGAAAGAGGGCGAAAUCACAGCAGCGCAGAGGAGAGAACAAGUAAGAGAGGCAGGAUGAGUGGAGGAGAGAGCACUGAUCAGUGAGGUCUCCAGAGAGGAGAGAGGAGAGGAAGGAGAUGAGCAGAGAGAGGGGGGUGAGCAGCCAGCACUGAGAGCAUCUAUCAGCUCAGGCGGCCAUGCUCUGAGCCCUGGAGCGGCAGGGCUAUACGCAGACACUGCACAGGCCCAGCAUCAGGCCCAGCUCCGCCAUUCGUCCCAGCCACAAACACAGAGGAAGGGAUAAAAGAAGAUUCCACCCACAUCAGCUGGGCAGAAAAGCCAUGAGGACAGCCAGGAAGGGCAGCGUGGAGAUGCCUGCGUUUAUGCGGCAGCUGGUGAAAGAGACAGAGAAGAGGGUCAGCUCUUUCUUCAAAGGGGGCCGUGGAGGAGCAGCUGAGGGAGAGCAGCCAGGGGACGCUGAGAGGGAGGAGGUCAUUCCUAGCCCCUACCUGGACCGGCCAGUCCUGGACAAGCUAACCGAGGAGGGCUGCGCCCGCUGGGGCCUUACCUACGCCCUGGGAAGCAUGCAGGGCUGGAGGGCCAACAUGGAGGACUUCCACAACUGUGUGCCACAGCUGGGUGGAGAACUGGCCGACUGGAGCUUCUUCGCUGUGUUCGAUGGUCACGCAGGCAGCACUGUGGCACAGUACUGCUCCCAGCACCUUCUGGGUCAGAUCCUAACCACAGGUGGGAUGGGAGCAGAGGAUGACCCUGACAGGGUCAAAGGAGCCAUCAUGGAGGGCUUCCUGCAAACAGACAAGCACCUGCACUCCGCGGCACGUCGAGAAGGCUGGGAGAGGGGUGGUACCACCGUGGUGGCCGCCCUCAUCUCGCCGUAUUACAUCUACUUCGCCAACUGUGGAGACUCGAGGGCCGUGCUGUGCCGGUCUGGCCAGGUUUGCUUCUCCACCGAAGACCACAAACCUUACAGUCCUCUGGAGAAAGAGCGCAUUGAGAGUGCGGGCGGCUCUGUGUCCAUCCAACGGAUCAACGGCUCCCUGGCCGUGUCCCGUGGUCUGGGGGACUUCAGCUACAAGGGAGCGGAGAACCGGACGCCCACCCAGCAGAUGGUAUCACCAGAGCCAGAGGUGUGCGUGGUGGAGCGCUCACCAGCAGAUGAGUUCCUGGUGCUCGCCUGUGACGGGGUGUGGGACAUCAUCAGCAACGAGGACCUGUGCGCCUUCAUCCACAACCGGCUGAGUGUCUGCACUGACCUGAGGGAUGUCUGCACCCAAGUCAUUGACCUCUGUCUCUAUAAGGGCAGCUUGGACAACAUCAGCAUCAUCCUGCUGUGCUUCCCUGGAGCCCCCCAGCUGUCAGCAGAGGCAUUACACCAGGAGGCUGAACUGGGGGACCUGCUGGAGUCCAAAGUAGCAGAGAUUUAUGCUGAGCUGUGCGUCAGAGGGGAGGAACCUGACCUGCUGUCUGUCCUCACAGUCCUCGCAUCCACCGACAUCCCCGGGUUACCACCAGGUGGAGGCAUACAGAGCAAAAGGAACUGCAUUAUUUCUGCCUACUAUCAACAAAGAAAGACCCACAAGCCCAUGCUACCAAAUGGCCUGGGAGGCUCUUGAGAAGCCGGGCUGUUCUCCAAGGAUCCGUGGAAGGACUGUAAUUAAUAUCAAUAUUAUUAAAACUGUUUUCUUUCAUGUGUGCACUUUGACAAAAAGGGAGAUGUUGAACAGACAGGGGUGUUUGUUUACAUCAUACUAGCAAACAGCAUCUUGUCAUAACAAAUACAAUGCAAAAUAGAUCUAAUAAAGCCUAAUACAUUUUAUAUUUAUACAAGAAGGAGAUUUUGUAAAACUUACUCAGAGACACGAUCCAGCAACAAACCUCUGCCUCAUAUUCAGUGAACAGAAAAUACAGAUGACACUUUCAAAUGACUGUAAAACUGAAUAACAACCAGCUGUGAAAUUAUACAUUGUACAUUGGAUGAAAUUAUAAAUGAGCAUAUGUAUGUAGAGUUGUAUUUUUAAGAAGAUGUUUUAAAAAUAAGGAAGGAAAAAUGGGUUGUUGCUAGCCCAAAAGCUCACAUAUAUCCAUUUGCUUUAACAGGGAGCGCUAACAGUGCUAGCAGCUGGGCAGCUGAUGGGGGUGCACAAAUUUAGCAUUUUCAUCAUGGCAAAAAAGUGACAGGCAAAUAAACACUAAUGAAAUGUUUAAUUCUGCUAUUUAAAUCUCAACGCAUACACAGUCAAGAAAAGAUACAUUUCACACAAAAUCGAAACCUUUUUUUGAAAAGGUGUUUACUUCUACAACUUGUGUUUACUUUAAACAUGUAGAAUUAGAUCCACUUCGCCCAGUGAAGUUAUGUGAUAUGUUAUGAGUUAUGUGUUCAAAUAAUUAGAUUAUUAUCUAAAGAUCUAUACAGCAUGUAACGGUUGCAUUGUGAACAAGUUCUGAACUAAAAGCAUCCCAAAAUUGGCCAAAUACCCUAAAAUCUGUAUUUACUGACCGAUCAAAAUCUAUUUUCCGUGAAUAAGUUCUACGCCUAUAUUUCUUAUAAUAUAAUUCUUUCUAUAUUCAUAUAACCAUAUUUGUAAACAUUUGAAUCAAUACAGUGUAUGUGAAAUGUGUUUUUUUCCAUAAGUUUGAUGAUAUGUACUGUGCUGCCUUAUUCAUCUUUUAUAUAGCAAAGAUAAAACAAACAGCAUCAGACCGGGUCAGUUUCAGGAUGGGUCAUUUAAUCCGCAUCAUAUAUUGGAUUGUUUUAUUAUUCAGUGAGUAAUCUUCUGUGUAUAGACAUUACAUGUUAGGAGUCAUGACUGUUUUAAACCUAAAUAAAGAAUAUUUAAUUGAC